GAGAAACACAAAUAGAUUAGCGAGCUUGGAGAACGAAACUUGGAGGGGGUUUUAGUGAAGUAGGCAUGGGUGUCGGGAUAGCAUCGGCCGGGAUCUCUUUGGGCCUCUUCAUCGGAGUGGCCGCCUCCUUCGUCUAUAUCAUCCUUGCUGGAAUAAAAUGGGCCAGCGAGAGACUAGACCCCCCUCAAGACAGCCUGGACAUUGACCGGUGUGCACGCUGCGGUUGCAAAUUCGUAGACGUCGAAGACGGUACAUGUUCUAUGUGCGACCUAACAAUAUGUGCACAUUGCUCCAUUCGCUACAAGCAGACCUGGCUAUGCGCCACAUGUAUAAAACGAAGAGAUUCAGAGCUGAUUGGUAAUAACUGGGUGUUGUCUAAGUAUAGGGAGAGGAUUGAUGGAACAUUACCUUCAGCCAAAUAUGGUAGAAGAGAAUGUGAUGUACGAGAUUUUGUAGAAAAACUUACUGAAAAUAUUUUAGGAGGUAGGCUUGAUGAUGUUCGAAUCGAUUACCUUACAGAAGAUCCACAAUAUGUGCAUUUCAUGGACAAAUAUGAGGAUGUACUCUCUCUUACGAUUUCCCGGUUAAUAACUGCCGUUCAGCUCAUUGUAGAUGGUGUUGAUGAAGGGAAAAAAGAGAGUCCGAGGAAAAUUCACGACCAACUAAAAUCUUUAGUAAGUGAUAUCAUAGUUGAGGCCUCUUCUCUCAAGCUUCAUUCUAGUUUGGAAGGGAAAGGAAGAAAUUUCGGUACAAAAACAUACGAAGAUAUCCUUUCGACAGCUAUCUUAAAUAAGAUUAUUCAGAAUGUUAACCUAGGUAGAUUCCAAUCAAGAAUGCCACCUUUGUCUAGCAAAUCUUACAAAACUGGAAGAUUUGAUGGUGAUGUACAAGAAGAGAUUUAUGACGAUUUCCAACAAUACAAUUCCAAUUUGUAUGACAAUUUAGACGUCAAUCUUAGAAAAAAUAGUGGAAUGUGGCCAGAACAGGAUGUAGAUAUUCUUGAUGAGCUAUUACAUUCUGACAAAAAAAUAGAAGACAUAGAGUUGUGGAAAGAAAAUUGGGUGCUUGGAAAAAAGUCUAAUGGAAGUUCAGUUGCAAUGUUAAUUCCAUCACCCAAUGGAAAAGUGAGACCUCUCAUAGGUGACUUAGAGGUAGAUCAACUGUCAGAUCUCUCUGAUAUAGAAGAUGAACAUUUUCUCCUUAAGGAAAGUAGAAAAAAUUCAAUGAAUACCAUGUUAAAUGAGAACGCCAACGAAGAACAGAAUAAACCAAAUGGGGUGAUAGAUGUACAAGAUGGACCGAGGAAAAAUAGCUUUUCAACAAAUUUAAAAUCCGAAUUGAACGGGUGCACAGUACAACAGCCAAUUGUCGAAGCUAAGAAUACUGUUUUCAGCUCAACAGAUUCAAACUCAGAUGAUGAUACAUCAAAAAAAGAAAAAGAUAGAGAAUUUUCUGAGGUUACGCACCGCAACACCACAAAACAAAGACGAUGGUUUCAAAAUAAACUUGAUGAUGAAAUAAUAAGACACCUAUUGUCAGAUGCCUGCACCCAGGAUGGCAAUUACUAUUGAGGCCCUCUGCAAGAAAAAACUGAUCUGGAAGGAUUGAGAUCUAGUAUUUAAUUUAAAUAUGGCUAGUGUUUAUGCUCACUAAAAACAAAUAAAUAAUUGAGGUCUGUACAAUAAGUUUCAAUAAGUAACCCCCCUCAGUAGUACUGGUCAAAAAUUUUUUGUAUAGUUUUGAUUUGCAUAAUUAUGAAACAAGUUCUCAUAACUACCUACUUUAGACCGUAGUAAUUAUGUAUUAAUAGUCUAAUUAUUUGAUUAUUCUUGUUUUAAUAACUGUAUUCUUACAUGCCGUAUGUUUCUGAUGGAUUAUUUUGAAACAAAUCUCCUUUCAUAUAAAUUUUUCCAAUUCAGUUCUGCAAAAAUGUGAUAAUAGGUUUUAAUACACAAAAUAUUAUAAAUUACAAUAAUUAGUUUGUGGGUGUAGUUCUCUUUUAAUGUCAAUGAUAAACGUAGCGAAAAUAAAUUUUUUAAAGUCUUUCUUACAAUUUAAAUGCUAUUUACCAAAAAUUUAAUUGUUAGAUAUGUGCAAAACAUUUCAUUGGAGCCAGUAUUAGUAUUAUAAACAGUGUCUUUUGUAUCUUUUUGCUUAUUAAUCCAAAUACCUCAGAUUAUAACUUAUCAUUUGAAAAUGUACAGUUCCUAUAAACGUAUCUCACAUAAAUAAUUAUUACCUUGAAUGUUAUCACUUAACAUUUCCUAUUUAUUAUCUCAUAAAUUAUACUUAUCUCACAGACCUAAAAAUAGAUGUGUAGAAUUUACAUCCCAAGCAGUUAAAAUCGCUUAUUAAUAAUGAACUGUUGAAUUAUUCACAGUACGUAUAAUAAUAGGUCUUAAUGAUACAUUCUGUACAUCGAUUAAAUUUUAAACAAAUGUUUUGUCAUUUUGGAGUGAGAAUAAACAGCCUAAAGAAAAACUGUCGUGUUUUGUUUUG